CCGGCGUCGAACGAGAGACACAGCCAGCAUGCGGUGCCAGCGACUCAAGCUCGUCUCCGCCCACGGUGACGGCGCCUUUGAUGUGGAAAGCGACUCGGGCCUUCCAGCACUCAUUCUAUCUUUUGCUUCCUCGCCGGAACGUGCAAAGACGAUGAAGCGUUUGAUGACUGUCAUGGCCGCCUGUAUGGGCGUCGCGUCCGCGGGCAUGGGCAUUUGCUACGACUCGUACGACUCGGCCAACAUGAAGACGCACUUUACGACAAUCAAGGAGCGCUUCACGGCCGUGCGCACCUUCCAGACGGACAUGGGGUCGCAGAACGCGAUCGAUGUCGCCGCCGACACGGGCUUGAGCAUUGCCGCCGGUAUUUGGCUGCUUGGCGACCGGUACGAGAAGGACCUCAAGGCCGUCAUCGACGGCUGCAAGCGCCACCCCAACACGGUCCAAGUCGUCUACGUCGGCAACGAAGAGCUCCACAACGGCUGGAACGCCGACAAGGUCAUUGACAAGGUCCUCGAGACGAAGAAGCGCCUCACCGAGGCCGGCGUCAAGGUGCGCGUCGGCACCGUCCAGAUUGAUGGCGACUUCCUCUCCAACCCCAAGCUCGUCGACGCAUGCGACGUCAUUGGUGUCAACAUCCACCCGUUCUUCAGCGGCGCGCCGUCGUCCGUGCUGACGCCGAUCACCGACUACAUGGCGCGCUGGGACGCGGUCAAAGCCAAGUUUGGCGACAAGGUGCGCAUGACCGAGUCGGGGUGGCCGACCGAGGGCGGUGAUUCUGGCCAGCACCAAGCCAACUUUCAGCGCGCCAAGGACUUCUACGGCGCCGUACUCUCGUGGCAAGCCAAAGAGAACUCGGAGACACCGUACUACUUUAUGUUCCACGACAACAAGGCCAAGGGCGGCUUUGAGGCCCACUUUGGCAUCGCGACGAGCGACGGCAAGUGGAAGUGGGACCAGCCGGGCCCGAACCCGCAGCCGCAGCCGAGCCCCAGCCCGUCCAACCAGCCUAGCCCUAGCCCGUCCAACCAGCCUAGCCCUAGCCCGUCUAACCAGCCUAGCCCGAGCCCGUCCAACCAGCCGAGCCCCAGUCCUUCGAACCAGCCAAGCACGACUCCGUCGGUGUACCCGACGCCUGGCCCGACCACUCCGACGCCUUCGUCGCAGCCCACGCCCGGCCCGACGACGCCCCGUCCUUCGUCGCAGCCGACGCCGGCCCCAACGACGCCGACGAGCCGACCGACACCAACGUCGACGCCGCAUUACUGCGAGUAAUUUUGAGCGGUCCUUCUAUAUCGUGUAAAGCCUUGAUAAACUACAUUUUGCACCUUCC